AACCCGAGAGAGAGAGAGAGAGAAUGGGGAAGGGUGGUAACGUGCGAAGCUGGGGGCUCUUAUUGGUGUGGUCGACGAGUGUACUGCUGCUACUACUACCGGCCGGAGAGGCCAUAUGGGUGACCCUGCCGGCGAAGGAGACGAAGUGCUUGUCGGAGCGAAUCCAGACCAACGUCGUUGUUUUGGCCGAUUACCUCAUCGUCUCCGACGAUCACGGCGACCCCACCCCCACCAUCUCCGUUAAGGUAACAUCACCUUAUGGGAGCAAUAUUCAUCACCAGGAGAAUAUGACAUAUGGUCAGUUAGCAUUUACAACAAAAGAGUCUGGUAGCUACCUGGCAUGCUUUUGGAUUGAUGGCCAUAAUGAAGGAGAUAAAGAUGUUAGUGUUAGUCUUAGUUGGAAGACUGGAGUUGCAGCUAAGGAUUGGGAAUCAGUUGCAAGAAGAGAGAAAAUUGAGGGUGUUGAGCUUGAGUUGAUAAAGCUUGAAGGAGCAGUGGAGUCUAUCCAUGAAAAUUUAGUGUAUCUCAGGGGCAGAGAAGCAGAAAUGAGGUCAGUGAGUGAAAGAACUAAUACUAGAGUGGCGUUGUUCAGUGCUAUGUCCUUGGGAAUCUGCAUUGUGGUUUCCAUUAUGCAGUUAUGGUAUUUGAAGCAAUUUUUCCAAAGGAGGAAGCUGAUUUAG